UCUGGCCGAGUGGAUCAGUCGCCGAUCAAACGAGAUUCGCACAGCAACGCCACCACAGAUAGUGACAGUGAUCUCCGCCAGCAAACAUAUCCAUUAUCCGGGAGAGUCAUGCAGGUUAAGUGCCUCAUCGUCUGCCUCGCUUUGGGGCUAUUAAUGCUGGCCACGCCCAUUUGCGAGGCGCGACGUGGGCGUGGCCGUGGACGAACCAAGUCCAGAGUGCAGAUCGGACUGCCAAUUACCGGAAAAUAUCGCGAUCCGGAGUCCGAUCAGUACUACAACAACAACAAUGGCGCCAAAAUCCUUCAAGCCUCGCACUUUGAUCUUGAGUACGUGCUGGGCCACAAGAUCGCUUUUCUGUGCGUGGCCAAGGGCAAUCCACGACCGCAUAUCACCUGGUACAAGGACGGGGCGGAGAUCUAUCAGCACCUCUAUAUGCACGUCCACGAAUGGCGCAUCGGCGACGACAAGGUCAAGUCGAAGAUCGAGAUUGACCCGGCUACGCAGAUGGACGCUGGACUCUAUGAGUGCACCGCCGACAACAUGUACUCCAUUGAUCGGCGCAGUUUUAAGACGGAUUUCUCCAUUGCCUUCGACUGAACACAGCCCACCCACUGUCACUUGAAUUACUUCAAUGUUGUUGCACUUUUCAAAACAUAACUAAUGAAUUUGAAGUGAAUCUGCAGCAUUUUUUUGUGCAAUCUAUCAGCUUUACAUGAAGUUAGUCUAAACAACUAUUUACAGCCCAAAUGUAAAGGAAACUCUUUUGUAAAGAAAGUAUUGUUGGAAAAUUGAAAUAAAAUACUGUAUCUACUAACUAAAGAAA